AGACUCUAGUGAUAAAUUUGGAAGAGAAAUUGGUAGUUUUUGUUGUUAAAAAAAAAAUUUUUACUAUUUAAAAUGGAAGAAAAAAAAUCUCCGUCUUUCUUAAGAAUUUUUAUUGCUAUUUAUAUUUUUUUUAAUAUUGCUUUGGCCACUUUAUUAACCCUGUUCUCACAGAUUCUUACCAUUAUUGUGUUAUUUCCAAUUUUUUUUACAAACCUACGUUUACGUUACGUCGUGCUCGGUGUUAUUUUCCGUUUUUGGAAUGCUUUACUUUUGAUUUGGUUAAAUCCUUUUUGGAAAUUAGUUGUUAUUCGCAACCCACCUAAGUUUUACAAAACGUCAAAGACAAUUAUUACAGUUAAUCACACAAGUAAUGUCGAUCCUUGGAUUUGCUGUGGAUCUUUUUUUCCCUGGGAAACUAAAUAUGUUUUAAAAAAAGAUUUACUUUCCUUACCGAUUGUUGGUUGGGUUAUUCGAUUAGCCGGUGAUUUACCUAUACAAUUUACUAAGGAAAAAGGAGGUUGGGGAACUGAUCCUGCAUCCGUUGAAAAAGUAUUUGCACAAACAAAGAUACUACAAAAUCUUAAUAUAGGUCAAGUUGUAUUUCCUGAAGGUACAAGAUCAGCCAGUGGACGGUUAAAACUUUUUAAAAACGGUUUUUUUCAAUUUGCUUUAAAAAAUAAUAUCGAAAUUUUACCUUUCGUUAUUCAUAAUGCCAAGUCAUUAUGGCCAGUAGGCUCUUGGCUUCCCGAUAAAGGAACUGUGUACGUAGCGUUUGGAAAUCCUAUUUUACCAGAGGAAAAUGAUACCGUUGAAACUUUUAAGACCAAAACUGAUGCUCCUUUAGACGAGUACGCUAAAAAUCGCGGUCAUGGAGUUUAUGGAAAUGGUAUUGAUACUAGUCUUCUCGGACGAUGUGAAUAAAUUCCUUUUUAAUGUUUAUUUAAAAAGUAUUUAAAUGGCACGGUCAACAUUAAUAUUUGCCAGAUAACUAAAAAAGAAACGCUUUGAAAAGUUAAUUAAAGAGUAGCUUAUAAAACAAAGUCUACUUAUAAUUUUAAAUUGUUUUACUGAGUGUAUAGAAUAGAUUUACCAAAAAUUGUUUAAAAAACAUGCUAGUGAAUUCAUAGUGACAGGGUAGAAGUCUCUACAUGUAUGUCUGAAAUAGCAAUAAUUAAAUAAAAAAUUGAAGAGAAAAUCUUGCGAAAGCCGUGAAUUGAAAUUGAUAGUGUUGUUGAAAACGUUUUUUUAAUUAAUUUAUUUUAUAUUUAAGGAGAAAAACUCCUGUCAUAAAUAAGUCAUGUGUUGUCACCACAACAAGUUAUAAAGCAUAACCUAGCAUGCUUUACCCUAGAGCCACAAUUUGCAAUAAUUCAAGUUAAAAAUGAAAAAUUUCUAUAAGGAACAAUUUACAUCUAUCAAGACAUUUGUGGAAAGGAUCUUGAACGUUAGUCAUUUUUCACGAAGGUUUUUGAAUAAGUGAUGUCAGAACAUGAAAAUGACUGAUAUGUUAAAUAGUUCAGAAAUGGGGGACAGUUUUUCUUAACACUUUCUGAAAAGAAAAGUGUUACAACGUUUUGUAUCCUUGUUUUAUUUUUUAAAAAAAAUUAAAUGAUGAAAAAAGUCAUAUCGACUGGAGUUGUUUCAGAAGAAGAGGAAGAAUGUAGUGUACAAUUGUCAUGUUCUAUAGAUGAAACGAACAAGCUUCGAAAAAAACUUGGUUUAGCACCUUUACGUCUAGAAAAAUCUCCUAAAAUUCAUGUUCAAGAUACUGUUGCGACUAGUGUUGAAGAGGAAGCAAACGAUGAUGACGGUAUUGGUUUCAAAGUAAGAGAAAAGUUGUUAAAAGAAGGAGCGCACACUCAGUUAGGAAAUGAAGAGGAUUUGAAUUUACUGAAUUGGAUUUCACGUUCGAGAGCGCUGGAUGCUCAGAAAAAAAGUAAAAAAGGAUUAUUGUUAAAUUUAACAGAGGAAGAAGAAGACGAUAAAAAUGAAAGUGGUGCUCACAAAGAUGAAGAUGCGAAUUAUAUGGAUUUACGAAUCGCUCACAAUAUAUCUUCGUUUCAUAAUUUGAAACCUGGGUGUGAUAUUGUUUUAACAUUAGAAGACUCUAAAUUACUUAAUUCUAAAGGACAAUUGGAAGCUGGGAAUGGAUUUUUACAAAAUGAAAACAUUUUACGAGACGAAAGAAAAAAACUAAAUUGUCGAAAUCGAUUAUAUAAUCCUAUCGAUUCCAAUACAACGGAUCAUGAAGAUCAAGUGAGUUCAAUGAAGAAUUCAAAUGGUAUUUUAUCCUUGUACGAUGAAUGGGGUGAAACGGAUGGAGGACUUUCUUCAUCUUCUUCCUUCAAAAAAAAUGUAACAGAAAGCUACCCUAAAUUAUCUGAAAUAUCUGAAACAAAACAAUGUGUUAAAGAAGAUCGGCCUUAUAUUUCCCUUGAAUCCAAGACAAGUAUUCAACGAGAUUUUAUGAAUGAACAAGAAGUGGCACAAUAUCAACUUCAAUCUCAGAAAUCUCAUACAAAAUCGAUUCUAGCCCAAAGAAAUGAAUGUUUGCUGAAAAUGAUGAAGCGGAAAAGAAGAAAACAUACCAUGCUAACAAAAGAGGAAGCACAAGAAGAUACUGAGGCUACCUUUUUAUCUCCCUUGCUUCGCAAUACAAAAAAUUUACCUAUAGUUCUUGGUUCAGAUGAUGUCGAUCUAGAAAACACUUUUCUUUAUGCACAAUUAUCAAGACAGCUACCCAAACUUAGUCAAACAAUUGAAAUGACAAACCAAACGAAGGCAUGCAAAAAAUUAUCGGCAUCUCAAUCGUGUCGCACGCGAGACCCCGCGCAUUCGGUUUUUGAAAACGUAAAACAAUGUGAGAAAAAACAAAGGGAUUUUAAGAGCGAAGACCAAGAAGGGGAAGUUACCAUGCAACAAGAAGGCAAAGUUGAGUACUCCGAUAUUACUGAAUUUUGUCGUACACUCGAAACACCUUUUGAGAAAAUGGCAUCUUUCAAAAAAGAAUCCACAAGUCCUUGUCAUCUCCCAGCAAUGUAUCAAGAAGACCCUCUUUCACCAGAAUUGUCAACUUGUAAAAUGGAUGAAAAAGAUCAUUCGAGCGAUGUUUCACAUAUUGGCAUGCAAAACGACAUUAGCGAAAAAGACAAAGCUAUAGUCCAAAAUGUUUUAGUCGAGGAAGUUUUGGAUGGAGGUCUAGUGUCAGCGUUAAAUUUUUUGAAAUCUCGAGGGGAUUUAGAACAAGAUAUGCACCGAAAACGAAAAAAAAAUGAAAAUGUUUUACUUCAUAUGAGUACUAAUCCCAAUGAUAUAAAACUAGAAUAUAAAGAUGAAUAUGGUCGUGUUAUGACGCCUAAAGAAGCUUUUCGAUACAUAUCAUGGGUAUUUCAUGGUAAAGGUCCAGGAAAAAAAAAGCGUGAAAAAUUCUUGAAAAAAAUGGAAAUAGAGAAAAAAAUGAAAGGUGUCUUAUCCAAUCCAUCUCAAUUAUUAACAAUGCGUGCAUUACGCAAACAACAAAAAACGGGCCAAGCUCACAUUGUUUUAUCUCGAAAGACAUAAUUAAGAGAAAAAGAUAGAAGAAACCUUUUUUUUUGUUGAAUGUUAUUAUAGAUGAGUGUUGUCUUACUAUAUGGGCUCAAUUUUAUCCCGUUUGAUGUAUUUAAAAACACUUUUAUUCAUU